GAUGGCGCACUACCAAAAGUCCUGUCUGACGCUAUUAUUAAGUGUGCCGACCCCGUGUUGACGGAGUUAGGCGGCUGGCACAGAUGACGCCGUCAUAUAUCUGCUUCACCUCUGCUUGUGCGACGCAAUGCGAGCUGCAAAGUGUGUCAGCGCGGCCUGGCCUGAUUGCUUCGAAAUGCGAUUCAUUCCCCAGAUGCCCGCAGGCCACCGCGUCGUCGACGGAGCUGUCGCUGCUGCUAGUUGCCCAGCGCAGCCAAUCUGCAGGUGUCGGCCAACCAAUCUAUGACGCCUGGCCGCUGCGAAUGCCGUGCCUGACGGAGCUCUUUUGAUAACGAGCCAGCCACACCAACGCACGGAAGCGCAGAGAUGGUGCCCGGCCUCCAGCCUAUCUCAGCCUCUCCAGCCUAUCCGGGUACUGUAUCCCACGGAAAAUGGCGGGGGCCAGCGAUACGCUUGUGGACGAACUGGCAGACUUUGCGAC